AUGAGUUCAAGACUUUUUAACGUAACUACAUCUCUUUCUUUCUUCUAUAUCUCUUAUUUCGGUUUCUCUAUCGCAUUAUCUAAUUUUGAAUUACAACCAUCACCACCACGACUUUCAUCUUUAUUGGUUUCAGAAGAUAAUUAUAAUUGUGUUCAAGCAGAAAUUGCUUAUCUCACUUAUGAAGAUUCAACAGAUAUGUCAUUAGGAAAGAAGAUACGUUCAAGAGAAUUAAAAAACUUAACAAUAUCAUCAUCGUUCUUUGAUAAAUCAAACAAUAAGAACAACUCAACUUAUGAAGACUAUUGGAUACAUUUAUUAAAGGAAGCUUCCAAUGAAAGGAAACCUCCAAAAGAAGCACUUAAUGAAAAUCAAAAAGCUUAUGAUUUCUUGAACAUAAUUGACCUGAGGUGGAACGUAUUAGCAAUGAAAAGACUAGGAUGA